AUGGCAGGAGAUAUCACAUAUGCAGACGUUGCAAUGCUACCCAGGGAGAGACCACACGUGCCUUCUCGGACAUCACUUCCAGGAAACAUGAUCACAUACGCUGAGCUGCGCGUGAAGCCGAAACCCAAAGGGAGCAGCAGAUCAGAGACUUCCGCUUCUGGCUGCCAACACAGGCGCUCAGCCUCAUUCUACGUUGCGCUGGUCCUGGGAUUCCUUGUGCUCAUCCUGCUGGGCGUCAUAGCUGUGCUAGCCAAGCAAUUUUUGAAGGUCAGAGCAGGAAAAUCAGAAAGUUUGCCCCCGGAUGGUCUAAAUAUAACUGGUGAUCACAUUUAUUCAGAGAAAACUGUCUCGGCGGCGGUCCUGAAGUGGCUCACGGAGGAACUGUGUCAAGAUGGCCAGGGAACAACAUGCCAGCUGUGUCCUCCAGGGUGGCAGCUACACAGGGGGAGAUGUUACUACUUCUCUGAGAAGGUUGCAAGCUGGAAUGACAGCCAGAGAAACUGUCUGGCCAGGAAAUCCCAUCUUCUUGUCAUUGAAGAUGAAAUUGAGAUGGAAUUCAUAGACAAUAAAGAGAAAGAUACAAAAUAUAUCUGGAUUGUGUUGAAGAGUCAAGACAUGCAGAAACAAUGGAUUUCAGCUGAAGAUCCUGGAGCAAAAGAAAACAGGAUAGCUAUAAAUAGAAUAGAUGCUGUUAAGAACUGUGCUGUUUACAGAAGAAAAAACAUGAUCCAAGCAGAUAACUGCCAGACUUUAAAGAAGUGGAUCUGUAAGAAGAACGCAACUUUGUUGGUGCUCUGA